GCUGACGAAGAAACGCUGAGCGCGGAAACAAAUUUGUGGAAAUUUUGGUAUUAUCAUCGUUAUUAGUAUCAGUUUUAUUCUUAUUAACUCGUAAUAUUUGCGUCGUUAUUGUAUAGAUUGCGAGCGGGGUAUCUAAUCGUCGAUGUGUGCUGUUUCAACUUUUUCCUCGACGCUUUAACGGGUCUAAUGGCGCGCACGAGGACGAAAAAAUGAAAAGCUAGCAUUGUUAGCUAGUUGCUUUUGUACAGAGCUCGCGCGCUAGUGUGAAAACAAACGCAACAACAACAAUACUACUAUAAUAAUAAUAAUAAUACAAAAAUUAUAAACAUGUCGGGGUUUAAUUUUGGAGCUGGUGGAGGGGGCUUUUCUUUUGGAGGAGCCGCAGCAACACCAGCACCAGCAGUAGCAACAGCAGCCAGCACUCCUGCUUCAGGAACCAGCGGCUUCAGCUUUGGCGGUUUGGGAGCGGUGACCCCCAGCACCAACACCAGCACCACCACAAGCUCGACCCUGAGCCUCGGCGGCACCCUGUUUGCACAGAAACCGGCAACAGGGUUCUCCUUUAACACGCCUGCUUCGGGGGCAGCUGCACCAUCGACCGGCCUCACCUUGGGAACUCCCGCCACCACUUCCGUCUCCACGGGCUUCGGAUUCGGGAAACCAGCGGCCUCAGCGAGUCCGUUUUCUUUGGGCACGCCCGCCACCGCCACCAGCACCACCUCGGCCCCGGCGACCACCGGGCUGAGUCUGGGCUCCGUCAUCACCUCGUCAGCGCCUCAGACCGGAUCAAACACAGGGUUCUCCUUCAAUCUGGGAGGAGGAGGAUUAGGAUUAGGAGCUGCCUCAUCAGCAGCUCCAGGCACCGGGCUCAGCCUCGGCUCCUCACUCUUCUCCAGCACGGGCUCAACAGGUCUUGGACAGUCGACUCUGGGCGGAGGUCUGACUUUAGGUGGGUUGCUCUCGUCCUCUACAGCGCCCACGGCUCCGGUUGCCCCGGCGCCAAGUGUGGGUUUGGGUGGAGUCGACUUUAGCGCCUCGUCAGAGAAGAAAAGUGAUAAAUUAUCUGGAACUCGACCUGAAGACAGUAAAGCACUGAAAGAUGAAAACCUGCCCGCUCCCAUCUGCCAGGACGUCGACAACUUCCAGAAGUUCGUUAAGGAGCAGAAACAGGUUCAGGAGGAGAUCAGCCGCAUGUCGUCUAAAGCCAUGCUGAAGGUGCAGGAGGACAUCAAGAGCCUGAAGCAGCUGCUGUCGGUCAGCGCCAGCGGCCUGCAGAGGAACGCGCUGUCUAUAGACAAGCUGAAGAUGGAAACGGCGCAGGAGCUGAAGAACGCUGACAUCGCACUGAGAACCCAGAAAACUCCUCCUGGACUUCAGCACGAAAACACGGCUCCGUCCGAUUACUUCCGGGCGCUGGUUGAGCAGUUCGAGGUGCAGUUACAGCAGUACCGGCAGCAGAUCGAGGAACUGGAGAACCACCUGACCACACAAAGCAGUGGCUCUCACAUCACUCCUCAAGAUCUGUCCAUGGCCAUGCAGAAGCUCUACCAGACCUUUGUAGCCCUGGCUGCACAGCUGCAAGCCGUUCAUGAGAAUGUUAAGGUGUUAAAACACCAAUACCUGAGCUACAGGCGAGCUUUCCUGGACGACACGACGGACGUGUUCGAGUCGAAGCGCAGCGCCAGCCGCAAACUGCAGAACGCCCCGAGGGUCACCACCGGCCCCACGCCCUUCGGCUCUGUCCCGAGCGCCGCCGCAGUGGCCAUGGCUGCCACGCUCACGCAGCAGCAGCAGCAGCCCGCUCCAGGAUCUCAGGCGGGGUUUGGGACUCCUUUUGCCUCGGGUAUGAGCGCUAGUAUGGGCUCCAGCAGCCUCGGAGCAGCUUUCGGGAGCGGGCCGGCAUUCGGCGCCUCGGCGGCGGGAGGCUCGUCGUUCGGGUUUUCUGCUAACAAGCCGUCUGGAGGGAGCUUGAGUGCAGGGUUUGGAAGCUCCAGCACCUCAGGCUUUAACUUCAGUAACCCGGGCAUCAACGCUUCGGCCGGGCUGACCUUCGGUGUGUCCCCGACCCAGAGCGCUGGCUUUGGCACCGGAGUCCUGCAGCUGAAAAAACCUCCAGCGGGCAACAAGAGGGGCAAGAGAUAGAACAGCGGGGCAGAUGACUACAGGACAAAGGGAAAUAAAAGUGUUAGAGGUCACAGGGAGGGCAGACAGAGUGUCUGGUUUCUCCUGUGUUUGUGAUGGAUGUGUUUUAAGGACGAAUGUAUGUUCUGUGAUUCAUACAGUCUUAUCUGUGUUUCGUUCUCUGAUCAGACACGCAUUCAUUAUUACUGACGCCCAUCUAGUGUUUCAGAAGUGUUUUUUUCCUUUUUAGCUGUGCUGCAGUUCAGUGUCCCUCUCGUUCUGUCCAUCACUCUAAGACGUCCUUUUAUGUCCUAAUCAACUAUUGUUGUUUUUGUGCCGCUGAUUUUUUUUGCUGUUUCUUUUUGUAUUGUCUGUUAUAUGGUAAUUACAAAAUCUUUUUUUUUUUGUUGUUCAUUAUGACUUUAUUAAAAAGCUUUAUAAAUAAAAAAGAAAAUUAUUUCUUCAA